AUGGCCCAAUCAAGAGAUAAUCCUCCUACUGUCCCAAAGGGUUGGAAAGCAAUUUUUGACGACGAAUACUCAACAUGGUUUUAUGUUGAUUUAUCCUCGGAAAAGUCUCAAUGGGAAGCUCCAAAGGGUACUACCUGGUCAAGUUCACGUCCAGAUGGACCACCACCCUAUUCCAGCAAUGAUAACACGAAUAACAAUCAAUCUGGAGAUCAAAAGAAUAGUUAUAGGCAACAACCUCAGCAGCCCCAACAACGUGCCACUCAGCAGCAACCUAUGUACCAACAGCAGCCGAUGUAUCAACAGCAGCCGAUGUAUCAGCAACAACCUAUAUACCAGCAACAACCUGUAUACCAGCAACAACCUGUUUAUCAACAGCAACCUCAGAGACAAUCUAAUCACAGUACCAGAAAUGGUUUAUUAGGUGCAGGUGCAGGUUUACUUGGUGGUUUCUUACUGGCAGAUGCUUUAGAGUCACAUCAUGGUGAUACAAUUGUUGAGAACAACUACUAUGGUGACGAUGGUGGCUAUGAUGGUGGUUAUGAUGGUGGUUAUGAUGGUGGUUUUGAUGGUGGUUUUGAUGGCGGUUUCUGA